AUGGCCCUCGGCUCCGACGACAAGAAAGACGAAUCCGCCGUCACCUCCGGCGCGCGUUUCGUGACCUCGACCCUCGGCAACACGGUGGGCGGCCUGACGAACACUGUAGGAGGCGUUGUGGGCGCGGCCGGCCGCGGCGUCGGCGAGACGCUCGAGGGCGCGACAGGUGGGGCCGCGAAGCCUCUCUCUGAUGGCCUCACCAGCCUCACUGGGGGCGUGGAGAAUGCUACGGGGAGCUUGAGCAAGGGCGUCAAGGAUGCUGGACAGCUGAAGAAGUGA